AUGUUUAGAUACACAUCUGAUUUGAGCAUUGAGGAAUCACUUUUUUCAGGCCUUUACGUGAUAAUUUCAAGAACUGAAGGGACUUCCGAUGCUCUCUACAACUCCGCUCUAACCUUUUUGAACACCAAUUUUAGCAGUUUUUCUGUAAGGGAAUUGUUAUCUAAUUAUCUGGCCGAUGAGUUUAGCUUAAGUGGGAAGUUACACUUUACAAAAAAGGUCAGACUUGGUCCUACUGAGAUUUUGUGGCCUGUGGAACGGGCCAAUUCCACGCCCAGAGAAGCGCUCCUAAACAACGCAAAAUCGCUCUCGAUACUCGAGAGAAAUGACAUUCUGUCACAUCUAACCGAGGAUUCAAGUGUUGAUCUCAAGUUUAUUUCCGAGGAGAAGUUCAAUUCGCUCUUUAUUCCAAAGUUAUUUUACCCAGGAAAUGUCAUUGCAAUUGUGAUUCUGAACGAUGGGACAGUGGAUUACUCAAGUUUGAUUGACGUGUUUUACGAGAAAAAGAGUUUGUACGGGGAUAACUUGGCUAAAUUUCAGUUUCUUCUCUCAGUAUCGGGGGAUCACACUAGGGACCAGUUGCUAGAAUCAUUUGACAAACACGUCGUAAAGAAUCGUUUACACAAGUUUACACAAGUUAAUCACGUCUACGAUCCGGAUUUAACUUACGAUUCCUUCUUUCUCAUCGACAAACACUGUGCAGAGGUGACACAACGGGUAUACGCUGUGUUGGGGGAAAUAGUGCUGAAUUUGCUCAUCACAAUUGUUAGCCAAUUGUUAACACUUUUGGAUGAUCCAAAAUACUCACUAGAGAACAUAAGGAAAUCUCUGACACAUACACAUUCACAUUCCCAUUCCCACACCCGCAGGGGUAAAUCAUAUUCUGGAUCUGAGAUAAAGCGUUCUGGUGAUGUAAAUUUAAUCUUGGGUAAUAAUCUGACAGCGAUUUGUCAUUACGUUUGCGCAAAUUAUCAUUUUACAAGUGAAAACAAUCACCUCUCACAUGCACAAACUCUUUUUACUCUUUCUGUCACACUUUUUAAACUUUUUAACCUUAGGAUUGGAAUUGACUCUGUCAGUUCCCAAACUGUCCAAUCCCUAAACAAAUUUGCCAGGGGAAAAACUGGUAAAUCUGUCUACGAACUGUUGAAGUUAGUGAUUGAGAGACCUGUGGAGUAUCUGUUGAAUAGUUUGAAGAGGUCAUUUCUUGUGUGGCUGAGGACAUCUGACUGCUCCGAAGAGCUCCAACUUCUGUUCAUUUUUUACACUAAACUGUUAGCGGAUUCAGCACUGGUAAUCCCAGUGAUUUCCUCGUUUGUCACUUAUUGUAGGAGAUUACCGCCGGAACAGCAGCUGAACGUUAUUCAGUACGUGGUAGACCUGCUCCAAAACACCAAAUAUAAACGAAAACUACACUUUUAUCAACAUCUAAAAGAUUUUAUCAACUGUGAAACACAAUCAAUUGGGAGUAAACUGUGUGAAACAGAGGAUGAACAGGAUCUUGAAGUGUUGCUAGGGGGUGUGACAAAGUGUCUGGAAAUGACGACAGUAGACCCUAUGGCCCUGGACAUGAUAAAAUAUUACAAAAAUUGGUACCAGAUUAAUAAUUCAAUAAUAAACACUGAGCUUAACAAUUUGAGGUAUAGCUCAGACAUAGUCCUGGUAAAGCGGGUUUUAACCCUGAAACUGUGUAACAUACUCCAAUCCAUACAAGAACACACCGCAAAAGUUGAUAUCUGUCCCCGUUUACAAGAGCUAAAACGUUAUGCUAAACUGUUUAAUCUCACAUAUUUAACCCUAUCACAUCUCAUUAUACGCACACACUAUGGACAAUGUGACAGUGUCUGUAGUGUGUGCAGGAUUGGUUUGGACGAUAAAUUAUUGUAUUUUGGCGGUUAUGAAGGUGUUAGGUUGGGUAAAUUUCCUUUAAUUUGUUCAAUGGAGUUGAGCAGGGCAGACUUGCAUUUCCGCUUCUCCACCCUGAAUCUCCGCUUCUCCAGCCAGAAUCCCAAGAAAAUCAACACAAUCAAUAACAACUUAACUUUUCACAUUGUUCACACUAGGAAGUGUAGGCUUCAGUGUGAACACUUGGGAUUUCACAUUCGCACCAAAAUCAAAUCCAAACUCUACACUACCAACACUACAAACAAUGUUAACAAUGUAAACAAUGUAAACAAUGUCAACACUGUUGGAAAUGUCAUCACGGUAAUAAAUGAUUUGGAGGAUUUGGUGGUGUAUGUUGACAGUUUGUUGACUGUGGAGGUUGUAAUGGUUAACCCGCUGGCCGUUGAUUUAAUGUUAAAGGACGUGGAAUUAGUUGGCUCAGGUGUUCCAUUUGACACUGUGAAAACGGAAUUUAUAGUCCCAGGAUUUAGUAGAAAUUAUAUAAAAACAAUCAAUCUCAGGGUUAAGGAUGAGGGGACACUUAGUGUCCUAGGCGUUAAAUUUACAUUAUUUGACUUUUUAACUUGUUUUCAACUGCUGGUUAAUCUGGACAAUUCGGACCCAAACACCUUCAUAUCAACACUCAAAUCAUGCGAAACGGGGAAUUUCACACAGUUUCUCAGUGUGUAUGGUAUGAAGAUGCGAUGUGUGAAAGAUUGUAACGAGUGUGAGAUUGGAUUGUUUAGCACGGAUUUUAAGGAUAAAGUCGAGUUUAUAACUGCUGCCUCAGUUUCAAACACACCAAACACUCUUCUGUCCUCCAGAACCACAUCACACAGAUCCAUCUCCACCCGGACCACCAGUUCCAUAACUUCCACCGGAACUACUAAUAGUAUAACUUCGAUAAAUAAUUUACGUGGAGACGGUGGACUGUGUAAGAGUGUGUUGGUGUGUUCUGAGGAGUUGUGUGUGGACUGUUCGGUCUUGGAGCAGCUGAUGUCAAACAUGUCCGAAUUUACCCAAAACUCCCCGUUACUCACAGGUGACAGAAGCUUAAUUUAUGUCAAAUUAAGUAAUAAAAAUAAGAGCCACAAGUUUACUAAUAUUACCGUGUCAGUACUGCCACACGUGCCGGAGCCUAGUGUUAAGUCACAGCCCCUGACAGCCAAAGAUUACCUUCAAUUCCAAAUCCUCCAACAGAAACUUAAACAAAUCAACCACAUCAAAUUCUCAAUCUAUCUCCACCUAUUCGCCGGUCACACAAUCAAACACUCGGUAGCUAGUAAUAGGGUUGGUGUGGGACUCCAGUUGUUACCGGGUGAAUCUCUUUAUCUACCCCUGGUUUACGUGGCAAAUGAGUUAUUUUCAAGUUUUGACGUUGUUUUCGAUUAUCAAAUUGGUGACUCAGGUGUGACUGGAACGUGUGACUCCCGUUUGAUCCGGGGAAACGCAUACAAAAGUGUAAAUUUCAAGGUGGAAAAGAGUAUCACCGUGCAGGAGCACCAGUUUGUACCAGUAGUACACUUUAAUCACAGGUUACUCAGGGAUAAUAUUGAUUUGUUUAAGGAAUAUUAUAGUAGUUCCACCCUCCAGAGCCUAAAAAACUCCAGGGUAAAAUACGAUAACAAAUGGCUAAGAAUGUUCUUUAAAGUUAAUAAUGAAAGUGAUAAGUUAUUUUCCUGUAAAAUGGGGAACCUGGAGUUCAUAUCUAACCCAAACACCUCCAACAGGUACCACGUGGAUAUCCGUAAACUCCCCUAUAAACGUCACAGGAAGUAUCAAAUACUUAACCUGUUUAAUUCCAUUCACUGGUCAUGCAAUGGGAAUUUUGGUACUAUUAAAUUGUUUGACCCUGGCAAUGGUGUUACUUCAACUGAGUUGGGUGAUAACACACCCAGACUGACUGGCAAGUCUAAGCUAACGCAAUGGUAUAAAAUGUGCCUCGAAAGGUUAAUACCCAUGAAUGACUUGAUCUAUUCUAAGAUAUCGAUUAAGGUGUUAAUUACUGUGGAUGGCAGGGUUAUGGCUGGUGACACCCUUGCGGUGGGUAAGUAUUUUACGGUAAAUGUGCUGGCGAAGAAUAAUGGAACUAGACCCAUCGCCGAUUACAAAGUUGUAAUCAUCCCGUUUACCUACGAUUUGUACACAAACGUCGAGAAUCUACUGUGGUCCGGCUCUCUGGAACAGGUGGGUCUCGAACCUAUUACACCCGGUUCCACCAGUUGUAUCAGUACCACUAGGCCGUACAGGACAGUUUCCGGAGAUGUGAAUGGAGUUGAUAUGUGUAACGUCGUGGAGUGGGAGGGUUACUCUGGGUAUAAAACCGUUGCCACGGCGGAAUUAGUAGUAAAACAGCCUUGUAAAUUAAGCAUUAACGCAGCCAUCUUAAACUCCAACCAAACCCUUUUUCACCAUAAACUCCACUCCAUCAAUUUUUUUACACUAUAA